GAUCCUGAUGUCCAACACUAUGUCAGCAUACUUGGGAGGCAGAAAGAUAAAAGUCCCAAGAGCAUAGAACCCAAACGGCUGGAACUUGAACAGCAGCUUAUGAUUGAAACAAAGAAUUACAGGAAAACUAUUAAGCUCUACCAGAAUCUGAUGCAGAAGGGAAGGAGAAAUAAAGGUUCUGAUGCAAAGGAAUUGUUACUCAAGCUUAAAGGUCAUUCGGAAGAAAUGAAGUCAAAGGUGCAAUUCUUGGAACUGGCCAAAAAAUUACUCCAGGUUUCCUAUGCAGAACAGUGGGGAAUUGAGCCACGUGAUCUUCCUACAGUGGCAGACCUUGCAAGUCAAAAGUCACUGAGCUCUUCAGAGGAUGACGCCUUCCUUCUAAUAUAUAAUGACAGAGGUCAUAGCCGGGACAACACAUCCAAAAAUUUACAAGCUGGAACACCUCUUGGAUUGCUUGCCUACCUCUACUGCAGGAAUGCUGUUUUGGAUGGGUAUGUGCAGCAGUUGCUCUACAGUUUCCGAUAUUUCUGUUCCCAAGAGGAUUUGCUGCAGUUCCUUAUUGACCGGAUUAUUAACACAGUGCCAAGGGAAGACGCAGACCCAUGCUGUUUGAAUGCAAAAAUCUACCAUCGAUCGCUCAUCCUGUUACAAACUUGGAUUGAGGACUGCUGGCACAUUGACUUCUCUGUGAAUGCGGACUUGUUAGAUAGGCUUGAAGACUUGAGCAACUCUCAG